GGUAUCAGUUUACACGAAGCCUUCAGUAAAUAAUCGGCAGAGGUCCACCCAUUCUCCUUUCCCGCUCCUCUUCCCCGGAGCAACCUCCCUGGUCUGGGAAACAGACUCUCCCAGGGCGGAGGCCCCGGAGCUCCCGCGCUGCGUCUCUAAACUAGGUUUGCUGAAACUUGCUUUCUGCCAACUAACAGCCAUGCUCCGAGUGAUUGUGGAAUCUGCCAGUAAUAUCCCUAAAACGAAAUUUGGGAAACCGGAUCCUAUCGUUUCUGUUAUUUUUAAGGAUGAGAAGAAGAAAACAAAGAAAGUUGAUAAUGAACUCAACCCUGUCUGGAAUGAGAUUUUGGAGUUUGACUUGAGGGGCAUACCACUGGACUUUUCAUCUUCCCUUGAGAUCAUUGUGAAAGAUUUUGAGACAAUCGGACAAAAUAAAUUAAUUGGCACUGCGACUAUCGCCCUGAAGGACCUCACUGGUGACCAGAGUAGAUCACUGCCCUACAAACUCAUCUCCCUGCUAAACGAGAGAGGACAAGACACUGGGGCCACCAUUGACUUGGUGAUUGGCUAUGAUCCACCUUCAGCUCCACAUCCAAAUGACUCGAGUGGGACCAGUGUGCCAGGAAUGGGAAGAGACGAGGAAGAAGAACAGGGAAAUGAAGACCAGUUGGAUGGUAUGGUCAGAACCCCUGGGCCCAAGGGGCCAGUUGGGACAGUGUCAGAAGCCCAGCUUGCUCGGAGGGUCACCAAGGGAAAGAGCAGCCGGCGGAUGCUAUCCAACAAGCCACAGGACUUCCAGAUCCGUGUCAGGGUGAUUGAAGGCCGACAGUUAAGUGGCAACAACAUAAAGCCUGUAGUCAAAGUCCAUGUCUGUGGCCAGACACACCGAACAAGAAUCAAGAGAGGGAACAACCCAUUUUUUGAUGAGUUAUUUUUCUACAAUGUUCGCAUAACCCCUUCUGAAUUGAUGGAUGAGAUAAUCAGCAUCCGGGUUUAUAAUUCCCAUUCUUUGCGGGCAGAUUGUCUGAUGGGAGAGUUUAAGAUUGAUGUUGGAUUUGUUUAUGAUGAGCCUGGUCAUGCUGUCAUGAGAAAAUGGCUUCUUCUCAAUGAUCCCGAAGAUACUAGCUCAGGUGCUAAAGGUUACAUGAAAGUCAGCAUGUUUGUCCUGGGAACUGGAGAUGAGCCUCCUCCUGAGAAACAAGAUCGUGAUAAUGACAGUGAUGAUGUGGAGAGUAAUUUGUUACUCCCAGCUGGCAUUGCUCUUCGGUGGGUGACCUUCAUGCUGAAAAUCUACCGAGCUGAGGACAUUCCCCAGAUGGAUGAUGCCUUCUCACAGACAGUAAAGGAAAUAUUUGGUGGCACUGCUGAUAAGAAAAACCUCGUGGACCCUUUUGUAGAAGUUUCCUUUGCUGGAAAAAAGGUUUGCACAAAUAUAAUUGAGAAAAAUGCAAACCCAGAGUGGAAUCAAGUUGUCAAUCUUCAGAUCAAGUUUCCUUCAAUGUGUGAAAAAAUAAAACUAACUGUAUUUGACUGGGACCGUCUUACCAAAAAUGAUGUAGUUGGAACAACAUAUCUAUACCUCUCUAAAAUUGCUGCCUCUGGUGGAGAAGUAGAAGAUUUCUCAUCUUCGGGAACUGGGGCUGCAUCGUAUACAGCAAAUACAGGAGAAACGGAGGUGGGUUUUGUUCCAACAUUUGGACCUUGUUAUCUGAACCUUUAUGGAAGUCCCAGAGAGUACACAGGAUUCCCAGACCCCUACGAUGACCUAAAUACUGGAAAGGGAGAAGGAGUUGCCUACAGAGGCAGGAUCUUGGUUGAACUAAGCACUUUGCUUGAAAAGACACCACCAGAUAAGAAGCUUGAGCCCAUUUCAAAUGAUGACCUGCUGGUUGUUGAGAAAUAUCAGCGAAGGCGGAAGUACAGCCUUUCUGCCGUGUUCCAUUCAGCCACCAUGUUGCAAGAUGUUGGCGAAGCCAUUCAGUUUGAAGUCAGCAUUGGAAACUAUGGCAACAAGUUUGACAUGACCUGUAAGCCUUUGGCAUCAACAACUCAGUAUAGCCGUGCUGUUUUUGAUGGGAACUACUAUUACUACUUACCCUGCCACACAAAGCCAGUUGUUACCCUGACUUCAUACUGGGAGGAUAUUAGUCAUCGCCUGGAUGCAGUGAACACUCUCCUAGUCAUGGUAGAGAGGCUGCAAUCGAACAUAGAGGCUCUAAAAUCAGGGAUACAAGGUAAAAUUCCUGCAAACCAGUUGGCCAAAUUGUGGUUGAAGCUGAUAGAUGAAGUUAUAGAAGACACAAGAUACACCUUGCCUCUCACAGAAGGAAAACCUAACAUCACAAUUCUUGAUACUCAGAUCCUAAAGUUACGGUCCAGAUCUCUCUCCCAGAUACAUGAGGCAGCUGUGAGAAUGAGGUCUGAAGCCUCAGAUAUGAUGUCCACAUUGUUAGAAAUUGAGGACUGGUUUGAUAAGCUAAUACAACUGACUGAAGAGCCGCAAAACAGUAUGCCUGACGUUAUCAUCUGGAUGAUCCGGGGAGAGAAAAGACUGGCCUAUGCACGAGUUCCUGCACAUCAGGUUUUAUACUCCACCAGUGGGGAGAAGGCAUCUGGGAAAUACUGUGGGAAAACCCAAACCAUCUUUCUGAAGUAUCCACAGGAAAAAACUAAUGGGUCCAGGGUACCUGCACAAUUGCGAGUGAACAUCUGGCUGGGCUUAAGUGCUGUUGAGAAGAAAUUCAAUAGCUUUGCAGAAGGAAAUUUCACCGUCUUUGCUGAAAUGUAUGAAAACCAAGCUCUCAUGUUUGGAAAAUGGGGCACCUCUGGACUAGUGAGACGUCAUAAGUUUUCUGAUGUCACAGGAAAAAUAAAGCUCAAGAGGGAAUUCUUUUUGCCUCCAAAAGGCUGGGAAUGGGAAGGAGAUUGGAUAGUUGAUCCUGAAAGAAGCUUGUUGACUGAGGCAGACGCAGGCCACACAGAGUUCACGGAUGAAGUCUAUCAGAAUGAGAGUCGCUACCCUGGGGGCGAGUGGAAAUCAGCUGAGGAUACCUACACUGAUGCGAACGGUGAUAAAGCGGCAUCACCCAGCGAGUUGACUUGUCCACCAGGUUGGGAGUGGGAAGAUGAUGCAUGGGUAUAUGACAUAAAUAGAGCUGUGGAUGAAAAAGGUUGGGAGUAUGGAAUUACCAUCCCUCCAGACAAUAAGCCUAAGUCUUGGGUUGCAGCAGAGAAAAUGUAUCACACUCAUAGACGGCGAAGGCUGGUCCGGAAACGCAAGAAAGAUUUAACACAAGCACCUUCAAGUACUGCAAGGGCCAUGGAAGAAUUUGAAGACCGUGAGGGAUGGGAAUAUGCUUCCUUAAUUGGCUGGAAAUUUCACUGGCAACAGCGUAGUUCUGACACUUUUCGUCGCAGACGCUGGAGAAGAAAAAUGGCUCCUUCAGAAACACAUGGUGCAGCUGCCAUCUUUAAACUUGAAGGUGCCCUUGGAGCAGACACCUCUGAGGACGGAGACGAGAAGAGCAUGGGGCUGCCGAAGCACAGCGCCACCACCGUGUUUGGGGCAAACACUCCCAUCGUCUCCUGUAGCUUCAACAGAGUCUACAUCUAUCAUUUGCGCUGUUACAUCUAUCAAGCCAGAAAUCUCACAGCUCUAGACAAGGAUAGCUUUUCAGAUCCAUAUGCUCAUGUCUCUUUCCUCCAUCGAAGCAAAACCACUGAGAUCAUCCACUCAACCCUGAAUCCCACGUGGGACCAAACGAUUAUAUUUGAUGAAGUUGAAAUCUAUGGGGAACCCCAAACUGUUCUGCAGAGCCCACCCAAAGUUGUUAUAGAAAUUUUUGAUAAUGACCAAGUGGGUAAAGAUGAAUUUUUAGGACGCAGCAUUUGUUCCCCUCUGGUGAAACUAAACUCAGAAACGGACAUUACACCCAAACUUCUCUGGCACCCAGUCAUGAAUGGAGAUAAGGCCUGUGGGGAUGUCCUUGUGACUGCAGAGCUAAUUCUGAGGGAUAAGGAUGGAUCCAACCUUCCCAUUCUUCCCUCUCAAAGGGCACCAAACCUAUACAUGGUGCCUCAGGGAAUCAGGCCGGUGGUUCAGCUCACUGCUAUUGAGAUUUUAGCUUGGGGCUUAAGGAAUAUGAAAAACUACCAGAUGGCUUCCAUCACAUCCCCCAGUCUCGUUGUGGAGUGUGGAGGGGAAAGAGUAGAAUCGGUGGUGAUCAAAAACCUUAAGAAGACACCUAACUUUCCAAGUUCUGUUCUCUUCAUGAAAGUGUUCUUGCCUAAGGAGGAACUGUACAUGCCUCCCCUGGUGAUCAAGGUCAUCGACCACAGGCAAUUUGGGCGGAAGCCUGUUGUUGGCCAGUGCACCAUUGACCACCUGGACCGCUUUCGCUGUGACCCUUAUGCAGGCAAAGAGGACAUUGUACCACAGCUAAAAGCCUCCCUUAUGUCUGCAUCCCCCUGCCGGGAUGUUGUUAUUGAAAUAGAAGACACCAAGCCAUUACUGGCUUCUAAGCUGACAGAAAAGGAGGAAGAAGUUGUUGACUGGUGGAGUAAAUUUUAUGCCUCAACAGGAGAACAUGAAAAAUGUGGACAAUACAUUCAGAAAGGUUAUUCCAAACUCAAGAUAUAUGAUUGUGAACUAGAGGAUGUUGCUGACUUUGAAGGCCUGACAGACUUCUCAGAUACCUUCAAACUGUACCGAGGAAAAGCAGAGGAGAAUGAAGAUCCAUCUGUGGUAGGAGAGUUUAAGGGUUCCUUUCGAAUCUACCCCCUGUCGGAUGACCCCAGCACGCCGGCCCCUCCCAGGCAGUUUCGGGAAUUACCUGACAGCGUCCCACAGGAAUGCACGGUUAGGAUUUACAUUGUUCGAGGCUUAGAGCUCCAGCCUCAGGACAACAAUGGCCUGUGUGACCCUUACAUAAAAAUAACACUGGGCAAAAAAGUCAUUGAAGAUCGAGACCACUACAUUCCCAACACUCUCAACCCAGUUUUUGGCAGGAUGUAUGAACUGAGCUGCUACUUACCUCAGGAAAAGGACCUGAAAAUUUCCGUCUACGAUUAUGAUACCUUUACCCGUGAUGAAAAAGUAGGAGAAACCAUCAUUGAUCUGGAAAACCGCUUCCUUUCCCGGUUUGGGGCCCACUGUGGCAUACCUGAGCAGUACUGUGUUUCUGGAAUAAAUGCAUGGAGAGAUCAAUUGAGACCGACACAGCUGCUUCAAAACGUAGCUAGAUUCAAAGGCUUCCCACAGCCCAUUCUUUCUGAAGAUGGAAGUAGAAUCAGAUAUGGAGGACGAGACCACAGUUUGGAUGAAUUUGAAGUCAACAAAAUCCUGCACCAGCACCUUGGGCCCCCUGAAGAGCGUCUUGCCCUUCACAUCCUCCGGACUCAGGGGCUGGUCCCCGAGCAUGUGGAGACGAGGACUUUGCAUAGUACCUUCCAGCCUAAUAUUUCUCAGGGAAAACUUCAGAUGUGGGUGGAUGUUUUCCCCAAGAGUUUGGGACCACCAGGCCCACCUUUCAACAUCACACCCCGGAAAUCCAAGAAGUACUACCUGCGUGUGAUCAUCUGGAACACCAAAGACGUUAUCUUGGAUGAGAAAAGUAUCACUGGAGAAGAAAUGAGUGACAUCUAUGUCAAAGGCUGGAUUCCUGGUAAUGAAGAAAACAAACAGAAAACAGAUGUCCAUUACCGGUCUUUGGAUGGUGAAGGGAAUUUUAACUGGAGAUUUGUCUUCCCAUUUGACUAUCUCCCUGCUGAACAACUUUGUAUCAUCUCUAAAAAAGAGCAUUUCUGGAGUAUUGACCAAACAGAAUUUCGAGUCCCACCCCGGCUGAUUAUUCAGAUAUGGGACAAUGACAAGUUUUCUCUGGAUGACUACUUGGGUUUCCUGGAACUUGAUUUGCAUCACGCAAUCAUCCCAGCAAAAUCAUCAGAGAAAUGCAAUUUAGACAUGAUUCCGGACUUGAAAGCCAUGGACCCCCUUAAGGCUAAGACCGCCUCACUCUUUGAGCAGAAGUCCAUGAAAGGAUGGUGGCCAUGCUAUGCAGAUAAAGAUGGCUGUCGAGUGAUGGCUGGGAAAGUCGAGAUGACACUGGAGGUCCUCAAUGAGAAGGAAGCCGAUGAGAGGCCAGCUGGAAAGGGGCGGGAUGAACCCAACAUGAACCCCAAGCUGGACCCACCAAACCGGCCAGAAACCUCCUUCCUCUGGUUCACCAACCCGUGCAAGACUAUGCGGUUCAUUGUGUGGCGCCGGUUCAAGUGGGUCAUCAUAGGCCUGCUGAUCCUGCUCAUCCUGCUGCUCUUCCUGGCUGUGCUCCUCUACUCCUUGCCGAACUAUUUGUCAAUGAAGAUCGUGAAGCCAAAUGUAUAAUGAAAACAAAGACUUCCUUUCAAGAGUCAUCAGGCAAUAAAGGAUUCUGUCUCUUUGUGGACAAAAUUCAAAUGUGAUUUUGUGUUUGAGACUACCGCUCGGGGCAUGUUACAGUGUUACCAAGGCCCAUCCAUUCCCAGAACGUCUAAAUCCUGGAAAAUCAGGCCCAUGAGCAACAUUUUUAUCUUAUUAUCUUUUCAACUAUUAAAAGUUUUAUUUUCUAAAGUUUUAAACAUAUUUUUCAGAAUAUUUUUAAGGUGGCUGGUUCCACUUUAAAAUCAUCUUUUUAUGUGUCCUCUAUUCUGUGAUGCAGGUUUGAAAAUUGCUGAAAAAGAAUUUGAACAUUUCUAUAUCUUGACAUCAAGUACUUCCUAUUUAUAACUAAGAAAAGAGACUGCAUUAUAAAAACAGAACAAUUAGAGUCAUUAUUAUCUAUGGCUGCAACUAUUUUUAUGGCAUUUUAUAUGAAUAAAUAUCAUGAAACUCUAUUCAGCUAUUGACAACACAAUUAAAAAUGUUUCACUUGUUACA